AAGACUAGAGGGAUGAUUCGCGACGCGAGAGCGUGUCCAUGACAACGUUGAAUGUUGGUCACGCCCUAAUGCUUCAUUGGGACCAACCCCAGCGUCAUGAAGCGUCGCGACGCCAACCAAUACGAUCGUGCGUCGUUCCGGGAGGCCGAGUUUCCUCCAUGCGAGGGAGCCCGCGCGUCACCAAAAGCUGCUUUUCUUUGGUAGGGGGCUAGAACGAUAUCGGGUCUCGAAUCUCCUUGGAUAUCACGCACCGAUACUCCCUAAACGACGACAAACCCUGCUGCCUCUCCGCCGGCUGGUCUUUCCACUAGUUUUCAUUGCGAUAUAUCGAACGAGGAAAUCAUCGGUUCGUUUUAAUUAAUCGACUUCGAGGUUACACGAUUUCGUCUCUUGUCAGAGAAACGGGCAUACCUGUUUACCAGUUGUCUUGUGGUUAUUUCAUCAGAAAGUAAUUGUAUUGCAGUUACAUUCUUGGAGUUUGAAGAAAGACGUUGAACUUCUUUGGAAAGUGAUACUUGUUCCUUAUUUUUUUGUUUCUUUUGGAUUCGAAAAGUGUUGAUAUUGAGAAAUUCUUUGAAGAUUUAUGCAUUGAACAGAAUCAGAGAAAGGAUUGAUGAAGAUAUACAGUGCUCGAGUGUGUUUUGAAGUGUUUGAAGCAUCUCAAAUAUGACAGCAAUGUGUAACUUUCAAAUAUUACAAGCGAGUAGGAUGUAAUUUAUACUUGGGAUAGAUCGAAUCACUAUCUCAAGAUUAUUCAGGAUUACAUCUUUGAAAUUCUUACGAAAAAUAAACGGAAAAAUGCAAUCGACCUGUCAACAGCAAGCUCAAGCACAUCCUGGUCAAAACGGUACCUCCGCAAGUCGGACAUCCUUUCUGAUCGAGGAUAUUCUCAGUCGUGGUAGCGUACCACCCCAUACCCAUCAUCAGCUUCAUCAUCAACAUCUUAGCUCGGCUCACGGCCAGCAGCAUCAGCAAUAUCAACAAUUCGCUAAUUUAUUACCUGGAUACCCGUCGGCGCCACCCACAGCUGCAUUUUUUCUGGGACCACUUUUUGGUAGCGCUGGUAUGGGGGUUGGCGUGGUACCAGGGGUCAGUGAACUUGCGGCCUUAAAACAUUGUCGACGACGAAAAGCACGAACGGUGUUUAGCGAUCAGCAGUUAGCUGGUUUGGAAGCCAGGUUCGAAGUUCAGAGGUAUCUGAGCACACCGGAAAGAGUCGAACUAGCGGCAGCUUUGCAUUUGUCCGAGACCCAAGUGAAGACAUGGUUUCAAAAUCGGAGAAUGAAGCAUAAGAAACAAUUACGAAAGUUAAACACGAAUUCGAAUAGUAAUGGGAUUCAAUCGUCUGGUCAACAGUGCGGUUCUCAAUCCGGUUCAGUGACAUCUCCAGCAGAACGACCUGUGGACUUCUCGCUGAGCAGCGGCGGUGCUGGUGGUGGUCGAGAGUCUCGAGGAAGUAGCGAUGCUGCUAUGGACUCCGAUGAAGAUGAAAUUGAUAUUCUUGGCGAAGACGAGGAACCUUCACCUUCGAGGAGCGUUGGAAGUUUACAUCUGCCAAAACGUAGUUCUUCGACACCCUCCUUUCAUCAAACAACGCAUCCGCAUCCGGUUACCCUAUCGCAUCAAUCAUCACACCAACAACAUCAGCACGGCGUUCAACGUCAGCAGCAUCGCUGAGAAUUCAAGGACGAAAGAUUCUCCUCGAGGAACACUAUCUUCCAACUAGAGAACUCUUCUUCUUCUUCUUCUACUUCUUCCUCCUCUUCUUCUUAUUCUUCUUCUACUUCAACAUCUUCUUUCGAUCCUUCAGCUUCUUCGUCCUAGCUCGAAGACGAAAUGGUACCAACAUCGAGAGAGAGAGAGAGAGAGAGAGAGAGAGAGAGAGAGAGAGAGAGAGAGAGAAAGAGAAAGAGAGAAAGAGAGAGAAAGAGAGAGAGAGAGAGAGAGAGAGAAAGAGAAAGAAAGAGAAAGAGAGAAAGAAAGAAAGAGAAAGAGAAAGAGAAAGAGAAAGAGAAAAAGAGUCUUUCUAUGAUGACGAACUUGAUAAUUUCGAGAGGGUAGUGUUUCUUCGAGGAAGUGAAAUCGGUUCGAGACGUGCUAUCGGAAUCUUUCCGUUCGAUAUAAUAAUGCACGUAAUAACAAAGCUGACCGUGUGCGCGAAUAUAUCUGAUAGAAUUAAUCGAUCAUUUUCGUAGCCGCAAGCAUGAAUUUACCUGAACCUUUCUCGAAAUCAGUAGGAAUAAUCACGGAUAGAAUAAUUAAAGUAUUACGCGAUCAUUAACCGUUGUCGUCGCGCGGGUGAGGGUGAGAAUGAAAGAAUUUGUGCCAUCUGGAAAGGAAUUACGAAAGUGACCGGACACAAUAGAGAGAGAAGUGUGUUCGGAUAAUGAUAAAAGGCAACGGGUUUGAUUUGGAUUCAAUGGGUGAGAAGUAAACGCUGGAAAAUGACUCGCUGAUCGAGCUUACGCGACACUUUUUAUAGGCAAAGUGCAAGUAAUAAAGCUAGUCUCUCGUGUCACUUUUUAUAGCGAAGUGUAAAGUUAGCCUGCGGUUCUCGUUGGAAUUAAAAUGUCGUACUAUGACGCUGAUCCUGUGUCUUCAUUUAAUCAUACCCAAUCGUUAGUUAUUAUCAUAUUUUUAUAAUUCAUUAAAAUAACAUUGUCACAUAUUAUUUGAAUUAUUUUAAUUGUUACCGUUUGCACGAAAGAUUUAAACUUAUUUGAAAAGACCCAUUAAUAUUUCACGGUGUCUUAGGUGAGGAAUGACGGAACAUUAGCAACCUGCUAAUUGCCUGACAUUUCCUUCCUAUCAUUCAAGACAUUUUCUAGCCUUAACGAUUACAAGGCGAACGCAAAUGACGCCACUACGUCGUAGUUCAUAAAGUAUCAAAGGAAAUAAAAUUAACGAUAAGACGACGCAAGCCCAUUUAAUAAAAAAGGUGAGUGUGCAUGGGUGUAGAUUUAGCAGCUUAACAAAAGUCCAACGAAAAGGAGAGAGAGAGAGAGAGAGAGAGAGAAAGAGAGAAGGUGAGAUAGAGAAAGAGCGAAAGAGAGGGGGAGAGAGAAAGAGAGGGGGAGAGAGAGAGAGUUGCGGUCUCGGAAAAGUUACUUUCUCGAGAUUCUAUUGGAAAUCUAAUUUACGGAGGACUCUCUCUUUCCCCCCCUCUCUCUCUCUCUCUCUCUUUGAUGAAAGACACGUAGCGAAAGGAACCUUACCAACUUUUAGUCAGAUUUUUAAAUAAUAAAUUAUCCUGUCAGAAAUAUUAUCACCUUUCUUAAUAGUUUUUCAAUCAUAAGAUUUGCAAAUGGUUUUCAAGAAUCAUUAUAAAAAUCAUCAUCGAUACGAAAAUACCCACUACCUGUUGCAGGACAACAUUAGAUUCGGUUAGGUGAAUACGACUAGGAAAAAGAAGUGGUAGGGAUGUCCUGGCACGUAGAUAGGACAAGCCGUUGGUUAUAAGAAGAGGAUGAGAAUAUAGGCGGAGCCUGUGGGAUACGCCGUGCUUCCAGUUCGGCUGAAUCCUAAUACCCAGAUAAUGGGAAGUAAUUGCAAGGGAUCAGAGCGAGCAGCUACUCUCUCUCUCUCUCUCUCGCUCUCUCUCUCUCUCUCGCUGUCUCUCUCUCUCUCUCUCUCUCUCUUUCUCUCUUGGUUUAGGGUUUUCUGUAUGUAUAGAGCAAUGAAGUACGUGUGUCUGUGUGUGUGUGUGUAUGUGUGUGAGAGAGAGAGAGAGAGAGAAGAACAUAGUGGCACUGUCGACUACUCCUUUUCACCCCUCUUGUUCAGCCUCGACCCUUCAUCCCACUGGGCCCACGACAAACGUACGAAGUGGAGGAUAGACUAAGCUUGGAGAGAUAAAGAUAGAGAGGAAUGAAGAGGAACGUAAUCGCGUUAUCGGACAAAAUCACGAAGCAUGUUCUCGAAUACACUUCGGAUGAUACUACUCUCGAUAUUCUCCGCGUUACGUCGUACCCUCUACGUGAUCUCGGUAACGAUUCGUGGUAAAUACAUAAUAUACAUACAUAAGCGUUUAUAAAAGUUUCGUUAAUUCGUUGCUUUUACUAUGUUAAUAGAUGUAAUUAAACGAGAUAUAGAACUUUCAAAAAUUAUAUUGACGCUAAUGUUGAAAAGACAAAGCUGUUUAUUCGAAAACUAGUAAAAAAGAAAAAAAAGAAAAAAGUGAAGGAAAUAAAAGAAUUUGUAGAAAAGAACAUUCUCAUAAAUUGUUAUAGUCACGUUGAAUCCAAUACGAUUAGAAGUUAAUAAAAGGUAGUAAUUACUUUAACUUGUUUUCAAAUUUUACUAAUCAAUACUCAUUGUAAAAAUGUUCAUGGAUACGGAUACGGAAACAAUAUCGAACUCAACAAAUUACGAAUGUAUUACAGGAUUCAAGAUUACCUUUUUUAAUCUUUGCAAUUUUAUAUUCAGCAAAGCGUGUCAGAAAAGAAUAAAAUAGACGAGCUAAAGAAGCGAAAGAAAGAAAAAGAGAGAAAGGGAGAGAGAGAGAGAGAGAGAGAGAGAGAGAGAAAGAGAGAGAGAGAGAGAGAGAGAGAAAGAGAAAGAGAAAGAAUAGGAGCCAGCGGGGUACCUUAGCAGGUAGCUUAUAAAGUAAUAGGAUCUCGGGUGCCAUUUAUGACAUUUAUUACAUUCUGUUAAGACGUCUAUUAUUACGGUACGUAAAUAAAGGGGAAAGAUAGGCGAAUAAAAAGAGAGAGAGACGGAUAGAGAGGGACAGACAGAGAGAAAAAGAGAGAGUAUGGGAGAAGAAUUGUCGAGUCUCCCCAAGAGUAGAAGCGUCGGAGCGGAAUGCGGCGAAAAUAAUGAAAUAAAGGACAAUGAAGUGGCAGGUACAAUAGCCAAUACGGUCGGGGAUGAACGAGGCCUUACGCGGCCUUCGGCCAGGGUGCCAACGACGGACGGUUGGCAACCAGUGUGGGUGUGUUGGGGUUGGGAAGUUGAGUGGGAGGAGGUUGCGCGCGCGAGGACCUCAGUAAAGAGAGGACGAGAGAGAGAGAGAGAGAGAGAGAGAGAGAGAAAGAGAGAGAGAGAGAGAGAAAGAGAGGAUGAAUGUGAGAAGAGGAGAGCUGGACGUCGAGGACGAGGUUGAGGCGGGAUAGUUGCGUCGAGCAGGCUAAAUGCAGUGGGCGUGUUCCCAUUACUUUCAUUAUUUUCCGUCGGAGGGGUUCGGUACCGAUAUGCGUGGGUUCCGGGGUACGUGUAAUGCAUUCACCUACGAGUUUAACCCCUGACUCGUGUAGGUGACUAUCUCUCUAUCUCUCUUUAUCUCCCUCCCUCUCUCUCUUUCUUUCUCUUUAUCUUCCUCUAUCUCUCUCUCUCUCUCUCUCUCUCUCUCUCUCUCUGUCCUCACCAGCCCUCCCUCCUCUCACUUUCACCCCUUCGCGCUGCUUUUCGACGUCACCUCCUCUGUAGUCCGUACAUAAAACGUCGAGUAGCGGCGCGCACAUCACACGAGAAGAUCGAAAAGGGGCCGAAUAUUAAACGUACGGACGCCCGACGACGAGCGUCGAGCGGCGUAAUCAUAUCAAACGAAAUUACUGUCACGCAUUCUCUAUCUAUCUACCUAUCUUCCUCUCUCUCUCUCUCUCUCUCUCUCUCUCUCUCUUCUCUUUCUCUCCUAUCUCUAUCUCUAUUACUCUUUCAGAGUAAGAACAUGAAUACGUGAGCACGUACAUAUGUAUGUACCUACAUGGGCUUCUUUGUUGGUUCUCUCUUUGUCAAAUGGCACGUAAGCGGAGUAACGAACCAUAUGGUGGCACCAGUAUCGCUUUAAGAGAUCACUUACAUUUGAUCGUUGAUUUUAGAUCACUUGAUAUAUUAUAUUUUCUUUUUUCUUACUAUAUUAUAGAAUUUCGUUAAAAUCUUAAUGUCAUAUAAGAUUACUUACUUGGAAAAUAAUGAUGAAUACAAUUCUCAAAUAGAAAUAUGUUAAAUAGUGACAAUGAACAAUAUGGAUUUUUAUAUAAUUCAUGAAGAAUAAAAACGUAGCAGGGUUAAUUCGAAAGUGAGAUUUCGAGUAGGAAGAAUUGGAUGGGUAGUAGGCUAUGGUAUAACGUCCUCGCGAAUCGAAAUGUCAAGCUAAAGAGCGCUAAAGAGGCUCAGGCGCAUCGUGUUCGAUGAACGGAGUUCGGCCGUUAGGCUAACAAGCUGUCAAGACGUCGCCGCGUGUCAAUCCGCAGCUCUGCGACCGACCGACCAACCCUCGAGAUAAAUCCACCCUUGAGUACUCUUCUAUCCACAGAAAAUCCUACCGGAUCUACUCUCACCGUUCAGUCGUCUUUUCUGUGUCUUCUAUUGAAUAUCAGCGAAUUUGUAGAAAAACAAACUAUUUCAUCUCACGAUUAUCUUUGAUUUCAAUGUUUAUGUUACGAUUUCUUCUAUAAAAGAAAAAAAGUUAUAAUAUUAUCUAAUAUCAAAACUGAAGAGAAAGAGAAAGCGAGCGAGCAAGCGAUAGAGAGAGAGAAAGAGAGAGAGAGAGAG